GAUAGCGGCAAAUCGCGGCGCCCGCGUGAUGUUCGCCUAAUCCACAUGGUCCUCGCCUCACAAGGCGUAACGGCCUACCAAGAGCGCGUGCCCCUCCAACUCCUCGACUUCGCAUACCGAUACACCUCCGGCGUCCUGCAAGACGCCGUGCAUCUCACGACGGAGGGGUACGCGGGAACAGGUCCCGAAGGUGGAGGGUCAUCGAACCGCGGCCCGCCCGAGGUGGGUUCCGUGACGCUGCCGUCGCUGCGGCUGAGCAUUGCCUCGCGCCUGCACUACCAGUUCCAGACGGGGCUGCCGAAGGAGUUUCUUAUGGAUGUUGCUGGUGAGAGGAAUCGUGUUGCGUUGCCGGGUGCGACGAGGGGGUUUGAGCAGGGGGCUGCGAAGCCUGCGGCUAGUAACGGUGUGCUUAUGGCGGGUAUGAGACUGCCGCCGGAGAGGUUCUGCUUGACGGGGACUGGGUGGAAGAUGAGUGAU